AUGUCCGACUCCGAAUCCGACUUCGACGAUGGCGCAAGCACUGACUUUGCGCCACCUGUCAAGGCUGCAAAGGCAGCACCAAAGGCCAAGGUAGCGCCAAAGAAGGCAGCAGCCGCACCCAAACCGCGAGGGAAACCGGCAGGCACAACAGCGGCGAAGCCUAGGGCAAAGGCCGCGCCCAAGAAGAAGGCAAAGGACUUUUCGGACGACGAGAACUCGGAUGUUGAUAUGGAGGACCCAAUUGACGACGACGACGACGAGUCGCUACUCAAAGACACACCGCCCAAGGCAAAAAAGGCGCCCGCAGCCAAGAAGAGCAGCGGCAAGGUGCUUGCAGACAUUGCAAAUGAAAGCUUCGGCAUGGACGGCGUCGAGGAGGCGCCACCAUCUGCCAAAGGCAAGAAGGCCGCUGGCGGCGCGAGUAGCAAAUACCAGAUGCUUUCGCAUCUGGAGCACAUUAUGAAGCGCCCGGACACAUAUAUCGGCUCUGUAGAGCGGACGACGGAUAAAAUGUGGGUGUACAACUCAGCAAACGAGAGCAUGGAGUUUCGCGACGUCACCUACGUACCGGGCCUCUACAAAAUCUUCGAUGAGAUCCUGGUCAACGCCGCAGACAAUAAGCAAAAUGACAAGAAUAUGAGCGAGAUUCGUGUCACAGUGGACCGAGAGACGGGCGAAGUCUCGAUCAAGAACGACGGCAAGGGUAUUCCUGUCGAGAUUCACCAUCAACACGGCAUUUACGUGCCAGAAAUGAUUUUCGGUCACCUCCUCACAUCUUCGAACUACGAUGACGACCAACAAAAGGUCACCGGUGGUCGCAACGGGUACGGAGCGAAGCUUUGCAACGUCUUCAGUCGCGAGUUCACAGUUGAGACGGUCGAUUCAAAGCAGAAGAAGAAGUACAAGCAGACAUGGACGGACAACAUGAGCAAGAUGGGCAAGGCCAAGAUCACCGACAUCAAGGGCGACGACUACACCAAGAUCACCUGGCGAGCCGAUUACAACAAAUUCGGUAUGGACGGCAUCGACGACGACUUCGAGGCGCUCAUCAAGAGGAGAACUCACGAUAUGGCUGGUACACUUCGUGGAAUAAAGGUCUACCUCAACGGCGACCGCGUCAAGGUUACUAGCUUCGCUAAGUACAUGGAGAUGUACACUAAGGCUAUCUCGAGGGAGCAGGGCAAUACAGAGGACGGUGAAGAACGCAAGGACGUUAUUAUCACAGACAAGCACGACCGCUGGGACAUCGGUUUUGCCGUGUCAGAUGGAGCUUUUAACCAGGUAUCCUUUGUCAACUCGAUUGCCACGACCUCGGGUGGUACGCACGUCAACUUCAUUGCCGAUCAGAUUAUCGACAAGCUCAUGGCGAUUGUCAACAAGAAAAACAAAGCGGCUGUCAAGCUCAAGCCUGCGCAGAUCAAGAACCACCUGUUUCUGUUCGUCAACUGUUCCAUUGUCAACCCUGCUUUCACAUCCCAGACCAAGGAGCAAUUGACAACCAAGGCAAGCCAAUUUGGUAGCAAGCCUGUGCUCAGCGACAAAUUCCUAAAGGCCAUCGAAAAGACUGAGGUCAUCCAGAACAUUAUGCACUUCGCUCAGCAGAAGGCGGACCAGUUGAUGAAGAAGACCGACGGCAACAAGCGCAAUCGCAUCAACAACGCUAAGCUCACAGAUGCCAACAAGGCUGGAACCAAAGACGGUCACCUCUGCACACUCAUCCUCACUGAAGGUGAGUCGGCCAGUGUGUUGGCUUUGGCUGGUCGUGCGGUGGUCAAUCAGGAUCUGUUUGGUGUCUUCCCGCUCCGCGGUAAGCUCUUGAACGUUCGAGAUGCGUCCAUGGACCAGAUCAUGAAGAACGCUGAGAUUCAGAACAUCAAGAAAUUUCUCGGUCUCCAGCACAAGAAAGAGUACACAAUGGCUGACAUGAAGAGCUUGCGGUACGGCCAUCUUAUGAUCAUGACUGAUCAAGAUCAUGACGGUAGUCAUAUUAAGGGUUUACUCAUUAACUUUCUCCAAUGCCAGUUCCCGAGCCUUCUCAAGCUCCCAGGCUUCCUUCUCGAGUUCAUCACUCCCAUCGUCAAAGUCUGGAAGGGAGACACAAAGAACCCCAAAGGCUUGAAGAGCUUUUUCUCCAUGCCUGAAUACGAGGAGUGGAAAGAACAGCACAAGAACCAGAAGGGAUGGGACCACAAGUACUACAAGGGAUUGGGUACCAGCGACAUCAAGGAUGCCCAAGUGUACUUCAAGGAUCUUGACACACAUAUGAAGCGCUUCCACACUAUGCGAGCUGAAGAGGAGAAGCUCAUCGAGUUGGCAUUCUCCAAGAAAAAGGCUGAUGCACGUAAAGAGUGGCUGCGCGACUUUGUUCCUGGCAAUCAUUUGGACCUCACCACCAAUGAGAUAACCUACGAUGAUUUUGUCAACAAGGAACUCAUCCUUUUCUCCAUGGCCGAUAACUUGCGAUCCAUUCCAUCAGUCAUCGAUGGUUUCAAGCCUGGUCAGCGAAAGGUCCUCUACACCUGCUUCAGGCGAAACAUUCGCAAAGAUGUCAAGGUCGUCGAGCUGGCUGGUUCCGUCUCUGGAUCUACCGACUACGCUCACGGUGAAGCAUCCAUGCAAGGCACUAUCGUGGGUCUGGCGCAAAACUUUGUUGGUUCAAACAACAUCAACUGCUUGGAGCCGAGUGGUAACUUCGGUUCCCGUCUGCAGGGUGGCGGUGAUGCUGCCAGCGCCCGUUACAUCUACACUCGUCUGUCACCUUUCGCACGUAGAAUCUUCCACCCUCAGGAUGAUGCUCUACUGAGUUACGGAGAAUCUGACGGUAACAAAAUUGAGCCCGAGAUGUAUGUUCCGAUUCUUCCGAUGAUCCUUGUCAACGGUUCAAGCGGUAUUGGUACUGGCUGGAGUUCCGAAAUCCCCAACUUCAACCCUCUGGACAUCGUCGAGAACAUCAGACUGCGCAUGGCCGAUGGCGGUUCGAAGGAGGACAUGAAGCCAAUGAUUCCUUGGUACAAAGGCUUUACUGGUACAACUGAAGAGCUCGGAGGCGACAAGUUCCGCUUCACCGGUACCAUUCGUCAGACUAGUGACACUGAAAUCGAGAUCACCGAACUGCCCGUCCGCUACUGGACACAAGAUUUCAAAGAGAAGCUCGAGGACAUCAUCAAGGCCGAGAAGACCCCAUCGUUCAUCAAGGAUUACAUUGACUACAACACUCCUGAUAAGGUCCAUUUCAUCAUAAAGAUGGAAGACAAGCACAUGACCGCUGCCCUUGCGAAGGGUCUUGAGGAGACCUUCAAGCUUUACAAGCCCCAAUCAUGCUCCAACGUUGUCGCCUUUGACGCUCAUGGCCGCAUUCACAAGUAUGCCACAGUCCUCGAUAUCAUCGAAGAGUUCUACCAUGUUCGUCUACGAUUCUACGAGAAGCGAAAGUCCCACCAGCUAGAUGUUAUGCAAAAGGAGCUCACCAAGCUAAGCAACCAGGCGAAGUUUAUCAAAAUGAUCAUCGACGGCAAGCUUAUUGUAUCGAAAAAGAAGAAAGCUGUCCUCGUCCAGGAGUUGAAGAAGCUUGGUUUUACUCCUAUCCCCAAGGUUGACGAUGCUAAGAAGAACGGAGAGGCUGAGGACGUUCAGGAAGAUGAGGAGUCUGAAACAGAGGUUGAGGUCAGCGCCCAUGACUACGACUACCUCCUCGGCAUGGCCAUCUGGUCUUUGACACAGGAGCGUGUCGAAAAGCUAAUGAAGCAGAUUGGCGACAGAGAAGAGGAGGUUGAUGCACUGAUCAAACUCUCGCCGAAGGACCUUUGGAACAUCGAUCUCGAAGCUUUCGUCGAGGAGUGGAACCUUCAGCUCACCGAAGAGGCAGAUCGCGCAAAGAAGAUUCAGCGCAUGGGCCGCCGUGCCUCUUAUAAGCUCGGCAUCAGUGCAUCAAAGGGAGGCAAGGCCAAGAAGAAGAGAAAGAUGGGCGACAGCGAGUCAGACGACGACUCAGACGACGACUUUGGUCCAGUUAAGAAGAAGGCCAAACCGAGGAAGGAAGGCUUGCUCAGCUAUCUCCGCGAAGCCGAUUCACCAGCCAGGAAGGCAUCGUCGGUGGAGCCCACAAAGUCCGCAUCCGGAUCCUCAGCUCCUCAGAAGCAAGGCAGUCUUCUCUCACACCUCGUCAGUGAUGUCAAGAAAGAAAGUCCAACCCAGAUUGACGGACCCUCAAGUCCAGCUGAGCCAGAGCUAGCUCCUGCUCCAAAGCCUGCGCCUGUCGCUAAAGGUCGAGGUCGACCUGCCGCCGCUAAGAAGGCAACUACCGUCAUUUCUGACGAUGAGGAAGAAUCUGAUGUGUUUGCUGUAGUCGCCAAAGAGGAGGCGAAGAAGCCUGCGACUAAGACCAACGGAAGAGCCCCUCGUGCUGCAGCCAAACCAGUUUCUAAGUACACCAUGGAUAGUGACUCUGACGACGAUGACGACCUAGGCGACGUUAGCACCAUGGUCAAAACCAUCGGCGGCAGCACCAAUGGGGUUCCUAUGUUCAAGAGCUCCACCAUAGCCCGGCCAAGUAGCUCUUCCAGCGUACCCAAGGUCGCAAAGAAAGCAAGUCCCUCAGUCAUCGAUAUCGAUGAAGAUGAGACGAACUACGAGGCGCUGAUGCCCCGGCCUUCAUCUAAGACAGUCGCUCCUCGCAACAUCGAGGAUACGAUGCUCACAUCCAACUCAGAAGACGACUUCAACCUUGUCAAGCCUAAAACGGCGGCCAGCAAACCGAUCAAGGUCGCUCCCAAAGCCAAGCCUGUGCCGAAAGCGAAAGCCCCCCCAGCUCCUGUUGCAAGGAAGUCUGCAGUGUUGAGCCCAGCAGCCAAGGCCUACGCCGCGCGCCUCGAAAAGGCCAGUAGUACAUCAAAGAUAACGGCUGCGCCUGCAAAAAAGCCUACGGUGAUCGACUCACACAAGGCAAUGGAUGACGCAGAUGCACUCGCUAACGACAUCCUCUCUGAUGAAAGUGACGAGCCAACGCCAAAGCCCAAGGCCACAGGACGUGCUCCUGCUGCUAGACCAGGACGUAGGGCGGCGGCCAAGCCGGCCAAGUAUGUGGUCAGUGAUGAUGAAGAGGAGGAGGAGGCCAGCGAGGCGAGCUUCGAUGAUGAUAGCGAGUAG